CAGAGCAUUAACUGUAACAGCAAAAGAAGAAGAAAAGAGAAAAACCCCGAAAUACUUUCAUUGUUUUCUUGAGCUUUCACAGAACAGAGUAACUCUCUUCAUUCCCUACUCAAUUUUCUGUGGUGUCUCUCUGGUUAUUUCAUUUUCCAUAUUUCCCUCAUUUCCACAAGCGAACCAUGUCGUUUAUUGGAGAGGCUGCUUUGUCCGCUGUCAUUGACGCGCUGUUUGGCAAGUUAAGUGAUGGUUUGUUGAAGACCUUUCGGAAAGAGAAUUUUGAUGCUGAUCUCAAGAAGUGGAAGAGAAUGUUGCUGAAAAUUCGGGCAGUUCUGGAUGACGCAGAAGAGAAGCGGGUGACAAGCACGUCGGUGAAGUUCUGGCUGGAUGAGCUGGAAGGCUUGGCUUAUGAUGUGGACGACAUCUUGGACGAGUUUGCUACUGAAGCUCUACGACGUGAGCUGAACCCAGAACCCAAAAGCAAGAUGCAAAAGGUACUCGAUGGUUAUGUUGGUUCGAAUCGAGAUUUUGUUAAGCUGAUGCGGUCCAAGAUUGAAGGUAUUGAUAGAAGACUGAAGGAAAUAGUGGAAGAGAAGAAAGAUCUGGAGUUGAGAGAAAACACUGGGAGAAGGACUAUAACAAAAACAUCAAGGCCGCCCUCAACUUCUCUGGUGAAUGAAAGUCGUACUUAUGGCAGAGACGAAGAUAAAAAGGAGAUUGUCAAGUUGUUGCUCGAAUCAAGUGAUGCUCAACUCUCUGUGAUUCCCAUAGUUGGUAUGGGUGGGCUGGGGAAGACGACUCUUGCCCAGCUAGUCUACAAAGACGAUGAAGUGAGCCGUCAUUUUGAGUUGAAAGCAUGGGUUUGCGUGUCUGAAGAUUUUGACAAUCUACGUUUGACAAGAGAAAUUCUACACUCUUUUACUUCUAAAUCUUGGGAAGAUAAUAGUACUUUAAAUUCACUUCAAGGCGAACUGAAGAAUACAUUAUCAGGGAAGAAGUUCUUGCUCAUCUUGGAUGACGUUUGGAAUGAAAAUUAUGAAUUGUGGACUGAACUAUGCAAGCCUUUCGAAUUUGGGGCUCAAGGAAGUAAGAUUGUUGUCACAACUCGGAAUGAUGAUGUUUCAUCAAUAAUGGGAACUAGUCCACCGUACAAGUUGAAAGAGUUGUCACGUGAUGCUUGUUUACGUGUAUUUACCCACCACGCGUUAGAUGCAACAGAUUUUAGUGAGUAUCCAGAACUUAAAAAAUAUGGUCAAGAAAUUGUAGAUAGGUGCAAGGGAGCACCUUUGGCAGCAAAAGCACUUGGCGGCCUUUUACGCAGUAAACACGAUCCUUGUGAGUGGGAAGAUGUGUUAAAUAGCAAGAUCUGGGAUAUUCCUGAAGAUAAAAGCAUUAUUUUUUCCUGUCUUAAAUUGAGCUACAACUAUCUCCCUUCUCAUUUAAAGAGGUGCUUUGCUUAUUGUUCCCUAUUCCCAAAGGACAAUAUAUUUGAGGAGAAAGAGCUAGUCUUGUUGUGGGUGGCAGAAGGUUUGGUUCAAGAAACAAAAAGAAAGAAGCCAAUGGAAGAUCUUGGUGGAGAGUAUUUUCGUGAUCUACACAAGAGAUCAUUUUUUCAACAAUCAAGCUAUGAUAAAUCACUCUUUGUCAUGCAUGACCUCAUGCAUGAUUUAGCUCAAUGGGCAGCGGGAGACUUGUGCUACAGGUUGGAGGUUCAAUUGGGUGGUAGUAAGCAAUCUGAGAUUUCUACAAAGGUGCGUCAUUUUUCUUAUAUUAAGCAUUCAAAUGAUUGCAUCCAAAUGUUUGAUGAAGAUGUGCAUUUAAGGACCUUCCUGUCGCUACCAUUAUAUAACCGAUAUGGCUUAACAAAUUUUGAUGUUAAAUAUUGUUCGUUUCCACAAUUAAGAUGCUUAAGGGUAUUAUCUUUAAGUGGAAAUGAUAUCUUGGAGCUACCAAGUUCAAUUGGUGAUUUGAAACAUCUAAGAUACCUCAACCUUUCUUAUACUAAGAUUGCAACUCUACCAGAAUCAACAAGUUCUUUGUACAACCUACAAACAUUGAUGUUGAAAGGUUGUAACUCUCUCACAAAAUUACCAGAAAAAAUUGAAAAUUUGGUUAAUCUUCAGCAUCUCAAUAUUUCAAAUGCAAAUUCAAUUAGAGAGAUGCCAACGGGAAUAGCAAAAUUAAAGAGCUUACAAACACUUUGCUUUGAGGAUAUGAAUGAAUGUCAAGAUUGGAUUCCUUGCGGAGAGGGCGAAGAAUUUCCUUGUUUGCGUGAGCUUUCUAUCUCUAUAUGCCCCAAAUUAGGAAAAUUUUCCUAUCAUCUCCCGUCAUUGGAAAAACUUUCCAUUCGUGCAUGUAAGCAAUUGGUUGUUUCAAUUCCAAGCCAUUCAGUGAUUCAAGUAUUAGAAAUUGUGGGGUGUAAAGAGGUUAAUGUGCAUGGAUCUGUGAAGAUAGAAAAGCUAAUAAUAAAAAAUUGUGAGGAGCUGAAAUCUUUAUGUGAAGAUGGGCAUAUGUCCCUUGAAGCACCAGAAAUUGAAAUCAGAUCAUGCCAAAUUCCCGUAAACAUCAAGUUGAAGUCUACUUUAAGGAAACUAACAAUCAAUGACUGUAGUGCUUUGGAGUCCUUGGAAUUUGUGAUAGAUGAGGGAGGGGCUUCUUCAACUUCUUCUUGAUUGAUGAAUGAGGAGAAUCCUAGCUGCAUUGGUAACAACAAUGCAUCUCUUCUUGAGCACUUGGAAAUUUCUAAUUGUCCAUCCCUAAAAUGCGUAUCAACAAUAGUCGACCUAUCUGCCAUGCUUAAACGCCUUGAUAUUGCUGGUUGCCCAAAUCUAACAUCUUUAUCAUCAAAAGACAUCUUACCUACCACCCUUAAAGCCCUUUCUGUACAAGAUUGUCCAGAGCUGGAGUUAAUAGUAGACGAGUUACACAAGGACACGUUACUUGAAGAUCUUCUAAUUUGUAAUUGUGAAAAGCUUAGGCGCUUACCGAGAGGACUACACGAACUCUGUCACCUCAAAAAGAUCUAUUUACAAGAGCGUGAUAGUCUUAUUUCUAAUUGUCCAUCCCUAAAAUGCAUAUCCUUUCCGGAAGAGGGUUUCCACACCAACCUUAGAGAGCUUGGGGUGACAGGGGCGAAUCUCUGUAAGCAAAUAUUUGAGUUUGGACUGCACAGACUCACGUCGCUUACAUCUCUCUUUAUUGCGUUUGGAAUUAUGGAUUCGUUUCCAGAAGAGGAAGAUGGGAAGGCGAUGUUGAUGUUGCCUACAUCUCUCACUAUCCUGGGGUUUUUUAACUUUCCAAAUUUGGAAUUCCUCUCCUGGAAGUUCUUUCAAAACCUCUCUGCACUUGAACAUAUUUCUGUCCGUAAGUGCCCUAAACUCGCGUCCCUCUCAGAGAAGUGUUUUCCUCCCUCGCUUCAGCGACUUGACAUUUAUAGAUGUCCUGUGCUGAAACAAAACUGCGAGAAAGACAAAGGGAUAAUGUGGUCAAAGAUUGCCAAUAUCCCUUCGGUUGAAAUUGAUUUCGUGGAGCAGCAAAAAUAAUUUUGCAAAACAGAGAGAUCUUCCUUCCAGUGUUGCAGUAGAGUCUAGCUUCAAAACUUGGAGAAGGUUACAUAUCAUGUUGAGGAACAAUGAUCAGUGGAGAUACGCACAUAAUGGCAGGAUGGCUUUUUAUCAAUAUGAUGCCUGAGCAGCUAUUAAAGAUUAUGCCUUGCACAGAUGAUCAAAUCAUUCUCACCUGUUGCUACAGAUGGCAGCCACUCUUUGUAAAUUCAGGAAUGUGACCAUAUGGUCUUGAUCUUUCAAGAAGAAAAGGCUGGGAAUCAAUCUCUAAGAAGCUAUAAACCUACUGUAGGAUACAAUUUGGUGAUGGUCAGGCAUGGCAAGUGUUGAUCUUUGGUGGAAGUGGUGGGUUUGGAGCAGGUGAGGUCCAAGCUUUGUCAGACAAUUUGUGAAGCCUUAUCCUAUGUACUUGCAAAAGGUGCAGCAGCUGCACUUGUACUUACGAGUAUGUCUGGGGUUUACAGCCAUUGUUGUGGAUUGAAAACAUGAAGUUGUGAGAUACAUGCUGUUAACAUAUUGACUGUUAACAUAUUGUUGUGCUGUGUUUCUAAUCUUCUAAGCCCUGGUUUCAUCAAGCUAUUGGCAAAUUCCCACUAAUGCUCGUCACCUAGAGGACCAGCAACAAUAAUUGUAUAAAACAUAUUUACACAAUCGGUACCACCCAUGUGUGAUGCAUAUUCAAGGCUGUGGGUGAUUUAGGCUUUCAGAAACAAAGCUACCACCAAAGGCAGUGAGUGAGGUCAAUGCUGUGACAAUGCUCGAUUAUAUUAAGAAAAUGAAGCAGCGUUGUAGGGAGGCUUACAUGUUAAAGUAGGACCAAGUUAUCAAGUUGAGGGGAGUACUUUGGACGUGGUAUGUUAGAGGCAGACAGGGAUGGCAACUCCUGGUUAUGCAGGAUGUGAUAAGAGAUGAAGUUGGAAAGGUUCAUGCUUGUUUUGCAAUGAAAGAAAUGAGUAAUGUUAUUACUGCUGGAUGUGUUAGCUGGGACAAAAAUUCCAAAUUCACUGCCUUCCUCCUCCUUUUGAGACAAGCUCUUUGGCUUUGAAACGUAUGGGAAUUCUAAGUUUUUUUGUGCUCUCAACUGGCAAAUAGCUUGAGAACCUUUUUGAAAACAGACAAAUUCAGGACAGGGCACUAUGCAAAGAUGACAUCAAACUACUAUAUGAAUAUCUUUUGGUCCUCUGCUGGUAGUACCAGUUUACACUAUAUAGUAAGGGAUGCGGUUGACGUGCAACCAGUUUGACAAAUGUGUUGGAAGAUUUGUUUUUGAAACUUUACUUUCAGGCUCAGUAAUCAAACAAUCUUGGCUUAAAAAAUUGUUCAGACCGCAUUACACAUUGUGCUUGAAAUCACAGCUUUUCGAUCAACCACUAUGUUUUCAACUACUCUUUGAUGGUGGAUGGUUGCAUUCAUAACGGGCUAAUUGGUCAUUACCCAGCAGUACAUUGAUUUGUUGGAUUCUAGCUGAGAUGGUAACAUUAGCUGAAUUUGGGGAUCUAGAAAGUUUUUCAUUGGUUGUACGAUUUAAAGGAGGCCAACCUGUUAAUUGUAUAUGUGCUAAACUAUUGAAAACAUGGAAGCAGCAAACUAUUUGAACUCUGUUUGCAAGUCUGGCAUCUGCAAUUCCAAUAAGAGACAUCUGGAAGCAAAAGCAUCAUAAGGCAAUAAAUGCUCUCUAUAUUUUUUUGUGGAUUCCCUCCACCUUAGUUAUUACAUAUCAAAGUGUAAGACGAUGAUUAGUGGAAACGCACAAAAUGACAGGAUAGCUUUUUAAUAAGAUGCCUGAGCAGAAUGUCAUUUCAACCAAAGAUCAUGCUUUGCAAGGAUAUUCAAGCAUUGUCACCUGCGUUACAGAUGGGCAGCUGAUACAUGUUCAGACUUUUGGAAGUGGAGAGCAAACUACAUUUCUUGUCAAACAACAGGGACAAGCUUAUAAGUUGCCUAUUGAGCCUAGGAGUCCCCAUUUGUUUCAACUCAUAAUUUUAGAGCUCAUGACCACUUUCUGGGAUUUCACAAUGGAAAUAUGAAAGGAGGGCCAGAAGGAGAAGGGAGGUUGGACCGUAAUUCACAAAUAUUCUUCUCAAUUUGUACCUGCCCUCUAUGUGUAGCUGAUUCCACUUCAGAGGACAUAAAGAGCGAGAUGAAAGGAGGCAUUCUGGCCUGGGAGAGCAGAAACUGAAAUCAACUUUUCCACCUGUGUUUAUGUAGAUAAAAAGGCAAGUUUUUCAUAGGUAGUUCGACCUGAUGGAGGCUAACCAGUUAUCGAUCUAAAGUUUUAUCUCUACGGACAAUGAUCCCUUUUUCUUCUGCUAUUCUUGCUAUUAUAGCCACUUUGUAUGCUAUUUUAAAAUGCUGGAAUGUGGGACACGUUUGAAGGGAAGGUUGUCAUGCUUCUCAAGCUCUUUACUAUUGCAGGCACAUGAUCAUGAUUCAUCAAGAAGCAAUGGUUGGGUAUCAUUGUAAUGAGAACCUCCUUUGUGAUUGCAAUUGGAUAUGAUUUGUAGAUUGUUGGGCAUAGCAAGUGGAAGUUAGUACCAAAAUAAAGAGUUGCCGUUGAGGUGUAGACUUUGUCAAGCAAUUUGGAAACCUUAUCCUAUGUACUUAUGAAAGGCGUGCACUGCAUUUGUAGUUAUCAGUGGCCUCUGAGGUUUGCAGCCUUUGUUGUGGAAGUGGGAGAGACAAGCUGUUAAAGAAGACAUUGCUUUGCUGCAUUUGCGAUUUUUAAGCUAUGGUUUUGUCAAGUCCAUGGUUGAAUGCUCACUAAUGCUCGUCGGCUUGCCAAUUCUACAUCUUCCUCUUCUUUGCUAUAGCCUAGUCCUCUUUGUAAUGUGACUUUUAUCUUAUACAUCAUAUGUUCUAUUGAGGUUUCUUUAAGCUGUUUUUUGGCUCGUCUAAAAAGAAGCAAGAUUACCAGUUUACAAAAUAUAGUUAAGGAUGCAGUUGACUAGCAACCAAUUUGACUAGUGUGUUGAAAUUUGUUCUUUGAAAUUUUGUCUCAGCCAUCAAAUAAUCUUGGCCUAAAAAUUAUUUGGACUCCAUCAGACAUUGUGCUUGAAAUUAUAACUUUAAGAGCUACCACUUUAAUUGGUACUGUAAUUCACUAUUGGAAUAUUUAGUAAGACCAUCAUCAUUAUUUUCAAAAAAUUUCUAGACA